UAUAUAGCUGCUAGGGAGUAAAGAUGUCAAAGGGAGAGGUGGUUGUUUUGGAUUUCUGGGUUAGUCCAUUCUGCAUGAGAGUGAAAAUAGCAUUGGGGGAGAAAGGAGUGGAGUAUGAAGGUAGAGAAGAGGAUUUGUUUGGGGGAAAGAGUGAACUGUUGCUCAAAUCAAACCCCAUUUACCAGAAGGUGCCAGUGUUGUUACACAAUGGAAAACCCUUGUGUGAGUCCACUACCAUUGUUUCCUACAUUGAUGAGGUCUGGCCUUCACCACCCCUUCUCCCACCUUGCGCAUAUGGCCGAGCUCAAGCCCGUUUCUGGGCUGAUUUUAUCGACAAAAAGGCAUUUGAUGCAGUCGGCAAAAUUUGGAGAAGCAAAGGCAAGGUAGCAGAGAGUGCAAAGAAGGAGUUCAUAGAGAUACUGAAGCAACUAGAGGGAGCCCUAGGGGAGAAGGAUUACUUCGGUGGUGAUUCUUUUGGAUUUGUUGACGUUAUUGCUAUCCCUCUAACCAGCUGGUUCCAUGCCGUUGAGAAAUUUGGGGGGUUUAAGGUUGAGGAUGAGUGCCCAAAAUUCUCAGCUUGGAUGAAAAAGUGCAUGCAAAAAGAAAGUGUUGCUAAAAUUAUUCCAGAUCCAGAAAAGGUUUAUGAAUUUGUCAUCAUGAUGAGGAAAAUGCAAGGGAUUGAGUGAAGACUGAGUACGUGGGCUACACCUAAGUUUUUCCCUUCUUGUUCUUUCCCCCAUAUAGUUUGUGGUGUCUUUUUUUUAUUCCUAAAGAAAAAAAAAAAAAAUAUUGUUGGAAGUGUAACAGUCAAUCAAUGUUUGUAUAUGAAUAAUUCAGAAGGGAAAAAUCAAAUAAAAUUGUCAU